UUCCAUAUAAUUGUCUUCCGAAAAAUAUUAUUUUGUACAAAAGAACGCCUGGUCGCGAGUUCACGCGAUUCAUGCAUGCUGUUAAAUCCUAUUAUAUACAGCAGUAGGAUGAGUAGAACUGGAAUGUGUUAAUUUUGAAGGAUUGUGAGUAGGAUAACUGGCGCGAUAAAAUCAGAAUUUCCGUAUCAGUAACUGAUAUAUAUGAAUAUCGAUAAAUGUAUGGACGACGACUUAAGUUAAUGUAAAAUACGAGCAGAUGUACAUAUGUAUAAAUACUAUUGAAUUUAGAUAUGUUUACCAAUAAAAAAAACAACUUGCCACCACGACCUAAUAUUCCGAAUUCCGAACAUAUGCUAGAAGAUCUUAACAAUGCUCCAACCAACGACGUAGCAUUUAAAAUAAUAAAUAAAGAUAAUAUUUCAGGAGAUAAUUUGAGCAAUACUUCUGAUACAUAUAACAAAGUGAAAAUGUAUUUAAAUAUGAAGCAACAAUUAAAAUAUUUGGAAACUACUCUUGAAAACAAGGUACAACAAUUGAGAGCUGACAAUGAUGAGAUAAAAAGGCUCGCUGAUGACAUCAAGAAACAAGCCCAGGCUGCAUUAAUAACGUAACUAUUCUUGUAAUUUCAAAUAAUAUUAACAGCGCCCAAUGACCUGAAUUAGCUGUAAUAUAAAAACAAUUUUAUGUUAUCAUGCAAUAAAUUAAUUGAUUCACAUGCGAAUUAAAUUUAGUCAUGAUGUAUUAUCAAUUAUACAAAAUAUUUAUAUUGUUACAACAUAUAGAUAUGGUUAACAUGUUAUAAAAAUAAAUGUUACAAUAAUUGAUCUCUUACAUUAUAUCUGUAUAUGUAUCAUGUAUGUAUAUGUGAUAUGAAAAAUUUCAUACAUAAAAUUUAGUUUAUAACGCAAUAAUAUAAUUUUUCCUAAUUUAAUCUUAAACUACGUAAGUCUUCAAAACUUUAAUACAAAACAUGGCCAGUAUAAUAUCCAUAGGCGAUUAAAAGGCACCAUAGUUAGAACGAUAAACGCUGUGAAUUAAAUCCCA